AUGGCUGCGCGGGAUAUCGAGAAACAACCUACUCCCAGCGCUGCUCCUCGCGAGCCCCUGGACCCCCACGCCAAAACCGCAGACGCAUCGGCCGAUUUUCUGGACCCUGGCGUCCAACAUAUCAAUGCGGACCGACUUGCCCGCAAGCUCUCUGCCCGGCAGGUGCAGAUGAUUGCCAUCGGUGGUACCAUUGGCACCGGCCUGUUCCUGGGAACAGGGAAGUCUCUGGCGACGGGUGGACCCGCGUCGAUGCUUAUAUCGUAUCUGAUUUGUGGUGCGAUUGUGUUUGUCACGAUGUUGUCGCUGGGCGAGAUGGCGGCGUUUAUCCCUGUUGCGGGCUCGUUUUGCACUUUUGCUGGUCGCUUUGUGGACGAUGCGUUGGGGUUUGCGCUGACCUGGAAUUACUGGUUUAAUGAUGCCGUGUCGACAGCGUCGGAUAUCAUCGCGCUGCAGCUUCUGCUUGAGUAUUGGACUGAUAAUUUCCCCGGGUGGGCGAUCAGUCUGAUCUUUUUGGUGGUGGUUAUCUUUUUGAAUGUUCUUUCUGUGAGGGUUUAUGGAGAGAUCGAGUACUGGCUCAGUCUUCUCAAGGUGGUGACGAUCGUCAUCUUCAUCAUCCUGGGCAUCGUGGUCAACUGUGGCGGAAACAAGGAACACAAGUACCUGGGCAAUAAAUAUUUCUAUACUGGAGAAGCCCCGUUUGUCGAUGGCAUCGGCGGCUUUGCAUCCGUCUUCGUAACAGCGUCCUUCGCAUACGGCGGUACCGAAUCCAUCGCCAUCACCGCCGGCGAAACCAAAGACCCAUCGCGGACCCUCCCCCGCGUCGUCCGCAACGUCUUCUGGCGCAUCGUCCUCUUCUACAUCGUCUCCAUCGUCAUCAUCGGCCUAGACGUCCCCUACAACUACCCGGACCUCUCAUCCGAAAGCACCGCCACCAGCCCCUUUACCAUCGUCUUCGUCGAGGCCGGCAGCGCCGUCGCGGGCAGCUUCAUCAACGCGGUGAUCAUGACCAGCGUCAUAUCCGCCGCCAACCACGCCCUCUUCGCCGGAUCGCGUCUUCUCUACACACUCGCCGUGGACGGCUACGCGCCCCGCUUCUUCGGCCACCUGAACCGCUUCCAGGUCCCCUGGGUUGCUGUCCUCGCCACCUCCGUGAUCAGCGGUCUCUGCUUCGGGGCUAGCUAUAUCGGCGCUGGACAAUUGUGGUCUUGGUUGCAGAACAUCGUCGGCGUCUCCAACCAACUCUCCUGGACAUUCAUCGGCCUCGCCUCCCUGCGCUUCCGCGCUGGAAUCCGUCGCCAGGGCCUCGAACACCUUCUCCCCUACAAGAACUGGACAUAUCCCUUUGGCCCCAUCAUCUCCAUCUGUCUGAACAUCGUCCUCAUCCUCGUGCAGGGCUGGUCCUGCUUCAGCCCCACUUUCCAGGCCGUCGACUUCGUCUCGUACUAUAUCGAGAUACCGAUCAUGCUGGUGAUGUUUGUGGGCUGGAAGCUAUUCAAGCGCACAAAGUUUGUCAGGCUCGAUACGAUGGACUUGUUGACCGAUCGGUAUAAUUUGUUGCAGACGGAGGGGGUGGAUGCUGAUUCUGUUGGUGAUGGGCAGAGCUAUGGUUCGGGUGAUGGGACGGAUACCCGGGGAAGAGGGAAGAUUUCCUCAGCGUGGAGGAGUGAGAAGGGGGUUCUUGGAAAGGUGAAGAAGUUUGGAAUGUGGCUGUUUUUGUGAUUUAUUUGGGUUUGUUUGGAUUGGAUAUUAGAUACUGGGUUUGGUGUUUGAAUGUUG